AGGUUUGGGAAUAUUGUUGGUGUGUUUAAAGUCAUGUCAAUUGCAAUUAGUGCCCUUGAAGAAGGGGAAGUUGACACCGCUUAUAUGACUAAACUUGCUAAACUUGCCACUGCUGAGAUCAUUUCAUUAAAGUCUUCUCAAGUGGGACAAUCGAAUAAGCUUGAAGAGCUGACAAUAUCAGAAUGUAAGUCAAUGGUGGAGAUAUUUGAAAGUAAAGAAAUAAACAAAGAUGGUGUUGAUAGUACUACUAAUGUUGGUGAUGGAAGUGAUGAUACUUGUACUGCAAUCACCAUCCCAAGGUCGGCAAAUAUGACUCUGCUUGAAUUGCCCAACCUAACAAUAUUGAAAUAG